AUGAAAGGAAAUAAAAGUAAAAUUAUUGAAUGUCCAAUUCCAUCAUUUUGUCGUCCUUCAUUUCCUACUCUUGGGAUGCUGAUAAGUAAGAAGCUAAAGAAACAAAGGGUCAAGAUACCAACAAACAACAAGAAUGGUAUGACACUUAAAUAUAAUCAUCCAAAACUUCAACAAAAGAAUUCAGAAAUACUACAUUGUUCAAAUAAUCAAUUGAUGGAAUUUACAUUACCAUUCAUUGAUGAAUUUCAUAUCAAUAAUGAUAUUUUUGAUAAAUUAUGUCUUGGAAAACCUCAACAAAUUCCUUCAAGCAAAAUGAUUGAAUUAGUGCUUAGUCAAACCCCAUUUGAAGUAAUUACAGAUACAGAAAAAGAAGAUACGGAUUAUUUUGAUAUUCCAACUCCAUGCUAUAAAACAAUUAACAAAGAAGUUGAUAAUGAAAAUGUUUUUAAAAUAAUUUGGCAUGAAGUUGAUAUUGUAAUGGAUGAAAUUCUAUUUGAUAAAUAUGAAGUGGAAUUUGUUUCUCCACCAUUUCAACAACAAUUAGAAAUACAAGAACAUCAUUGUUUUAAUGGAAUAACAUUACAUGUCAGUCCAUUUAACCAUCAAGUGAUUAACGAAGAAAGUUCUUUUAAUAAUGAGAAAAUAAGUUGUGCAAAAGAUAGCCAACUUUUUGAGAUAGAGGAAGUUUUAUUUGAUCCAAUAUUAGAAAAUGAAUUUGAACAAGACAUACAGAUAGAAACAAAAAUGAUAAUUGAAAAUGAAGAAAGUUGGGAAAGAGUAAAGAAAGAUGGAAAGAAAUGGAUGGAAAAAUGGAAAGAGAAGAAAGACAUAAUUUGGAAAAUGAAAAAUCUCAAUAAUUUACAAUUACCAAAUGUCAAAACAAAAAACUCGACAUUACUUUUUCCAUUCAUCACAAAGAAGUUUUUUAUUGAAGAAUAUAAUUUAAGAGUGUUUGACCUUAAUACAGUGUCUUUUAAAGAGAAGUAUGGAAGGAUGGCAUUACUUAAAAUGACUGAACUAAAAGAACCAAAAAGAGGAAAUGAAGUAAUAAAAAAAGAAGAGAAAAUGCCAGAAAAAGUAAAGACAAUAAUGACAAAUGAAGAUUUUGAAAUAGAAGAAGAAAACAAUAAAGAAGAAACAAGUUCUAUUGACUCUAAUGAAAUACAAGAAAUAUUAAAUGAAAUGAAAUCUAUAACAACUAAAAUCAGUAAACAAAUUGAAGAAAAAACAAAAGCCGAAACAAAAGAAGAAAUACCACAAAAGAACCAAAUUAUUCAAAUAAAAAAUCCAAAAGAAGAAAUAGAAAAAGCAGAAAAACUAAUGAAAGAGAUGACAUUUAAUAUAUCAUAUUCACAAGAACUAAAGGAAAGAUUUAAAAACAGAAAAACGGUAAUACAAAAUAAAGGAACAAGUAAAUUUAAGAAAAGAAUAAAGAAAGAAGAAAAUAAAGAAAUAGAUUUACCUUACAUCAAACCAAUUGAGAUUAAAAGUAAAAUUAGAGAGAAAUUAAUGAAUAAAGUUGACCAGUACUUUAAUUUAACAAAUGAAAAUAUUUUUCAAAUGAAUGAAUUGAACAAAACAUUUCCUUGGAAUAAAAAACAUAAAGAAGUUAUUAUUCCAACUAAUGUUAUGACUAAUAUCAAGAAAAUGAUUUAUCUUGUUGAUAGCAAUGAUUUUGUACAAAGUUACAAAACAAUGACAACAGAAAAUAGAAAGAGAAGAAAUUUAUUUUUAUCUCCUUGUUAUCUUGUUUCAUUCAUUGCAACAGAAAUGAACUCUAUAAUCCAGGUUCAACCAAAUGCAAAAUUUCUUAUUUGUUGUGAACCAAUAUUUGUUGAUUAUAUUCAAAUAUUGAUUGUAUAUUAUCUUGAAAAAGACGCUAAUUGUUCAUUUGGUUUGAUUCAAGAAGAUAAAACAAAAGAAAAUAAUGACAUGAUUUCAUUUAUUAGCUUAAAAGAUAUUAGAGAAGAUAUUAUUAAGAAGUACAACCAAGUCUUUUAUAUUAAUAAGUUGUCAAACCAUGGGAUUUGUUUUAAUUAUAUCGACAAAAUCAACCAAGAACAAAUAACAAAACAAAAAGACUGUAUCAGAAAAGGAUUUAAACCAAUUACAUAUCAUAUCAUUAAUACAGAAAAUUGUCCGGUGAAAGAAAAAUUACUCAAAUUUCUCAUUGAAACAAAUCAACCUAACGAACUAAUAACUAAAUUAGUUCAAACAGACGAUAUUGGAAGUGUUAUUGAUAAAUUAUCUCAACAAGAAUUUGAUGAAAUUAAAAGAAAUUAUGAAAAUGGAAUAGUUAUUGAUAACCAAAUUGAAGAAGUUGUUAAUCAUUGGAUAAAAACAAGAAACACAAAACUCUUUGACAUAAUUUCUUUCAAUCCAUUAAUCCAAACAAAAGAAAUUAAAGAAAUUAAAUGGAAUCUUAUCACAGAGCUAUUAGUUAUUUUUCCAAAUGAUCUUCUAACAAUUAGUUUAAUAGGAGAAUUAUGUUUAACUAAUAAAAUUACAUUAACUCUUGUUAUUAACUCAUUACAAAAAAUCCCAUCUAUUGGUUCAAUAGCAUUAUCAAAUGAAUUAAUGAGAAAACAUAUUAAAGAUAUUGACACUUUACAAAUAAAACUCAAAGAAAUUAAAACCCAGCAAAUUGUUACUUAUCUUCCUCCUCUUUUUAUUCAAAGGAAUUAUUCCAUUAAAUGUAUUGUGAGUGAAAGUGUUAUUCAAUUGUUUCAGUCAGAUCCAUCUAUUCAAUGUAUUUCAAGAUUUUGUUCAUCUUCUCUGGUGUUUUGUUCAUCAAAUCAAUUGGUCAUUAUCAUUGAUUUAUCUCAUGUUAGUUGGAAAGACAAUAUACUUUCUGUUUCUUCUUAUUUUAACACAAACUCUAUUUGCCUUUUAUUUCAGCACAACUCAGUAUCUUCUUUGCUUUGCUUCAUCUCUAUCUUCUCUCUCUUUAUGAAAUACCAUUUUCCUAUUUACUUUUCAAUAGAACCUUCAUCUAUUUCUUUACUUCUUCAUUCCCUUACUCCUCAAUCUGAUCCAAGAGAUUGGUUAAUUGACCGAGAGUCAGUGUUUGAACAUUUACUAACUUCAAUCUCUUUUAUCCAACCAUUUACUGCUCAAUUCUUAUUGUCUCAUUACUCUUUGUCAGAUUUAUGUACAUCUUCUAUUCAUCAAAUCCCUUGUAUUCCUUCUUCUCUAAUUACCUCUCUCAACCAUCUAGUAAAGUACCAUCUAUAA